GAAAUAGGUUAACAUUCGUGUUAUUUUAAUAAAAACCCUUUUUUCACUUAGAUGUAAAUAUUACGUGUUAAAAUGUGUACUGUGUUGUUGUGAUUAAAGCCGCGUAGAAUGUUAUAGCGACUCACGUUGACAAGAUGAGUGUGGCGAGGAGGCUGUGGUGGGUGGUGGCCGUGUCGGCGUGCGCGGCCAUGCACGGCGGCGGCGGCGACCGCAACUCCAUAGCCAGGGAGUUCGACGCCAACCUCACCGACCAUCUCGAGGCCAUCAACGGCACGCCCAACUACAGACUGAUCAAGCCAGACAGGAACACGCAGUGGUACCCUUCUACGGGGGAAAUCAAGAUCGAUUACUGCGUCAGACAAGCCAAAUGCGAGCAGCUGAUCAACAGAACUUGUCUAGGCGUCGAACUGCCCUAUGAACAAACUAGCGUCCAUCUAACGUUCUUCCACACGCAGCAAGAGAUCCAAAAUCAAUUGCAAUUGUAUACACAUUUGAUAAAUGUGCCAAAAUGUUGGGCCGUUAUACAGCCCUUCCUGUGCUCUACGUUCAUGCCUAAAUGCGAGAACGUUUUAGGCAAAGACAUGGUGUAUCUGCCGUCGUUUGAGAUGUGCAAUGUGACGAUGGAGCACUGUGCUCUCUUGUACAACACGUCGUACUUCCCGUCGUACCUGAAGUGCAACGAGACGCUGUUCCCGCCCAAGUGCGAGAACCCCGCGAAGGAGAAGAUGAAGUUCAACACGACCGGCAAGUGCUUGCCUCCGCUCAUACACACGGACAAACCCUUGCAUUUUUAUAAAGGUAUACCGAACUGCGGCCUGCCGUGCCAGGAUCCUCUAUACACUGAAGAUGAGCACCAGCAAAUACGGCGGCUCAUAGCGUGGGGCGCGGGCGGCUGUCUCGCGCUGAACUUACUCACAGUCGCCACCUUCCUUAUAGACUGGCGCAGCGCGAACAAAUAUCCUGCGCUCGUCAUCUUCUACAUCAAUGUGUGCUUCGCUGUGGCUAACAUGGGAUGGCUGGUCCAGUUCGGCAUUGGGUCCAGGGACGACAUAGUGUGUUCCAAAGACGGCACCAGGCGGCAGGGAGAACCUUCUGCGGAGGAGAAUUUGUCAUGCGUGGUUGUCUUUGUUCUUGUGUAUUACUUCAUGAUGGCAGCUUGCGUUUGGUUCGUGAUAUUCACAUACGCGUGGCAUAUGAGUUUUCGAGCUUUAGGUAAAAUUCAAGACAGAAUAGACAAGAAAGCGGCAUACUUCCACCUAGUAGCGUGGUCCCUCCCUCUCGUCCUGACCAUCUCAACCAUGGCCUCCGGAGAAGUGGACGGCAGCAGCGUCACAGGCAUUUGUUUCGUGGGCUACGUGAACCACUCCAUGCGAGCGGGGCUACUGCUCGCGCCGCUCCUGUUUGUACUGCUGCUGGGCGGCUACUUCCUGCUGAGAGGUGUAUUCUCCCUGAUAGCAGUCCGCGUGUCAAGCAAAGACGUGAUCUCAGCGCGGGCAGCCAACAAGAUCCGUCAGACCAUCACUCGCUGCUCGUUGACGGCGGCGCUGGUUGCAGUGUUCAUAUGUGUCACCUUCGCUUGUCAUCUCUACGAGUUCCGGAACUCGGAACUGUGGAAGGAGUCCUUUAAGAACAACAUUAUUUGCCGGCUGGAGGCGCUGAGCGGCGCGCGCGUGUGCUUGGGCGGCGCGCGGCCGUCGCUGUCGGUGCUGCAGCUGCGCCUGCUGUGCUGCUUCGCGGCCGGCGCGCUCAUGGCCUCCUGGACCUGGACGCCCGCCGCCGCCGCCGCCUGGCGCCGCUACCUGGCCAGAAAAUGCGGGUGCUCAGUGGAAGCGGAGACGACCCGUCGCGCGCGCAAGCACGAGCUGAUCGCGCGCGCCUACCGCCGCCGCGGCGAGUUCGCGGCGCGCGGCCGGCUCUCCAUCAGCCUCGGCGGCUCGCGCCAGGACCCCGUGGGGCUCUGUCUCGACCACACCGAGCCCGUCGACUACCCCGACAACAAGCACGAGAGUUGUGAGUUAUCUUCAUCAUGGGCGGCGAACCUGCCUCGCUUCGUCCGCCGCCGCGACGCACUAGUCCUCCCGCCGGCGCACGCGUCGCUCAGCUCGACCCCGGACCGGCGCCACUCGCAGGACUCGCAGAUCAGCAUCAGCCUGCGCCACGUGUCGGUGGAGUCCCGCCGGAACUCGCUCGACAGUCAGCUCUCCGUCAAGAUCGCGGAGAUGAAGACUAAAGUCGGCCGCCGCAGGACCAAGCAUGGCAAGACUAAACGCAAGGCGCGGUCCGUAAGGAAAGAAAGUACACCAUCCAUAGAGAGCCAAAUCAGCCGCUACUGGCUGCAGGCGGUGGCGGCCAACAACGACCCGGCCCGCGAGGAGGUCAAGUUCAGCUUCGAUUGAUCACAUACCAAAGCGAUCGUUUAUUAUCUAUGCGUCCAUUAUUAUUAGGCACCUUUUGAUACAAACCACUGAUCUCUAUUUUAAAAGGUGUCACAUAAAAUCAAGAAAGUACCUGAUUUCAAAGGUCUGUUGUUCCAUAAACUUAUUCAUUUGACAGCAGCGCUAAAACGUUUAUCUGACGAUUAUCUGAUUUCGCAGCAGAUAUUGUAUGAGAUCAGUGACACAAAGUUACGAUUUAGGGCUCAUAAUCGUGUUUGUAUUGAGCCCGUCUAGUUUAAGAGUAAUGUAACGUCCGGGCCGAUGAUGUUAACGUGCUUUUCCACUGGUGAAAAGAUGACGAUUGGAUUUAUAUGACAAGAAGGAAAUUACUAUUUUUUGUUAGAUAUAGCAUGUCAAAAAAAAGUACAAUGAAUAGAGGCGAAAUUAUUUUUUAUGGGACGGUAACCCAAGGGUUCAAGGCGCCUACAUUUAUUUUAUAUUAGUCGCUAGUUUACUGACAGAAAUGGCUUGACAGACUAUAUAUUGACACUUAAUAUUCAGCCACAUAUUCCUUUGCUAGUGGAAAAGCAUCAUUAAUUGGUGCAGUAUUUUUGUAAUAUUAUUGGAUAUAAGCAGUUUCUAAACGAAUAAUUUGAAUUUGCUUAAAGCUCUGUGAUCCUACCAUAUCGUGAUAUACGAAUUAAAUAUCUAGUAAAGAUGAAAUUACCAGUGAUAGAAAUAUAAUAUACCUAUUGCAACUUAUUUGCAAGAUACUUAUAUAAAACCAUUGAGUGCAAAAUGAACUAAAUAUCAUUUUAUAUAUUCACUGCCGUAUGCAUGUGAGCGUCAGGACCCCUGGACCACUACAGAUAUUUGAUGUUUAGUACAUACUAAAAUUUAGUACCUAUUUGAUACUAUUUGGUACCUGAGUACAUAUAUUUGGUACCUCC